GAUUCCAAAUUGAGUUUCUAUUCUAUUUCUCUUAUUAUGUCCUUCUCUCCCUCUUCCUCCCUAGGGUUUCCACUACUGCAACAACAAGCUUCAGCAAUGGACCUGCAAGACGGUGUCGUUUCCAAACCGGUCGCGGUUUCCGCUUGCGUAGCCAUGGCGUUGCUCUACGUUGCUUCCUUAUACGCUCCCACCGUGCUCUUCCGUCUUCCACCUCCUUCUUCUCUCAACAGCUUCAUGAUCCGCCGCUUCCUAUGCGCCGCCGUCUCAACCGUUCUCUCCCUCUUCCUCUCCGCUCUCAUCCUCCCUGUGACGAAGGAGCUGCCAUACAUUUUUGGUGCUUAUGGCAUCCGAGGGGAUCACAUUUGGCAGGCUGUGGUCCUUCCUCUUUCCUUGACCUCUCUAAUGUAUGCUGGCUCUAUGUUCAACAAGUUUCUUUUGCUCUUUGAUUCUUGGAUGGAACACACAGCUUCUGGUGGUGGCCUUUCAUUUCAUUCAUGUAAAUGUGCCUUGACGAGGUUUCUUGGCUGGUUGGCUGCAAUUUCAUCAGAUGUUUUGACGUGGCGAUUCUAUGUUGUGGCACCCCUUACGGAGGAGUUGGUGUUUAGGGCGUGCAUGAUACCUUUACUUCUCUGUGGAGGAUUUAAACCAUACAAUGUUAUGCUUCUUUGCCCCAUUUUCUUCAGCCUGGCACAUCUAAAUCAUUUCAUGGAGAUUUACAUCAAGCAAAACUACAGAAUAAAGAAGGCUGUUAUGAUUAUAGGUCUCCAGCUUGGCUACACUGUUAUCUUCGGGUCAUAUGCCUCUUUUCUUUUCAUUCGAACUGGACAUCUUGCCGCUCCAUUAGUUGCUCAUAUAUAUUGUAAUUUUAUGGGACUGCCUGUAUUGUAUUCAGAGAGAAGUGGGAUUGUAAGUAUAGGAUUCAUAAUGGGAUUCCUGGGCUUCUUGUGGCUUCUUUACCCGGUGACGGGCCCAGAUUUGUACAAUGAUAGAAUAGAUAACUGCAAUUGUUGGCAGGGGUACUGCUCAUGGAAAGAAAGAAUACAAGAUUCCUAGAUCUACCUACUGCAUAAGCUGCUCUUACAUUUUGUAGAAUUGAAUAUUAUUAAGAAGGUAAUUUUAAUCGAAUGUACGUGUAUUUUAGAAAGUAUAUUAUAUGUUACCUUGACAUUAUUUUAUGAAUUAGAUAAAAAAAAUUAAAAUUUGAAGUCA